UUAUACACAUACGUACUCUAUGCGCUAGAUUACAACGUCGUCGGACCGGACAAGUGACAGAACAGUUCUGUGCUUUAAUGGUCCAACGUUGUUUCCUGUUCAUCUUGUUCCCGUCUCGAUUAACCGUUUCUCGCUUCCUCGGUCAGAUUUUCUCCGUCUCCGUACGGCGACAAUCUCCCUAACCCUACCCACUUGCAUGUACCACGCCGUCGAUCUAUCAUCUUAUGCAACCGCCGCCGCCGUGUGGUCCAUCCCGUCGUUGUCGUCAAAGAUGUUUGCAUGCCUAUGACGCCGUCCGAUCGCUGCAGCCUCCGUCGCCCCACGAGUCUGCACGCGGUAAUGGAAUUCAGCGACUGUUGAACAGACAUCAACCGCUGUUUGUCCGGCCAAAUGGAAAUGGCUCAUCCGGCGUCCACGGCCCAUGCCGGUGUCAUGGACAAUAUCAAACAAGAGCACUCCGACAGCCGUGGACCACUAAUCAAUAACCUAAGCAAUAUGCCAGCAUUUGGUUUAGCAGCUAGUGCUUACGAACUAAAUCCCAAUGCUCGAUUAACUAUUCGAUUCGAUCGAGAAAUGUUCAACCAUAGUUUGUUUGACAGUGAAAUAGAAAUCAGUCCAGGUAGUAUUGGGAACAAUAUGGCAUUUCGAUUCAACAGAAAUGAUAUAUUCAGACCUCCACAUUUUGAGUUCAGCAACAGAAGUAACCCAUUGUUAAAUGGACACUUUACUUCAAACAUGGAAGUAGCUGAAAAUGUAAGUACUAAAAAGCACUUGAAUGAAUUCGGUCUUAAAAAAACAGAGGUCAAAGCCAAGCCGUUCAAAUGUGAUGUCUGUAAAAAAUCAUUUUCCAGUUCUGGUGGUUUGACUGUUCACUACAGAAUGCACACAGGUAAUAAACCAUUUAAAUGUGAUUUAUGUUGUAAAACCUUCUCGAAUUCGAGUCAUUACAAUUACCAUAUGCGUGUGCAUUCUGGAGAUAAACCAUUUAAAUGUCAUGUAUGCAACAAAGAAUAUUCUUGUGCCAAUGGCAUUUUAUACCAUCAGCGAACUCAUCAUUUUUUGCAAGAUUCAAAAUCACUAAAAUGUGAUGUGUGCGAUAAGCUUUUCUCCAGCAUUGGUGGCCUAACUGUCCAUUACCGCUCUCACACUGGUGAUCGUCCAUUUAAAUGUGAUGUUUGUUUUAAGACUUUCACCAGCUCCAGUCACUGCAAGUAUCAUCAAAAGUCUCAUUCUCAGAUGAAUACAAAAAAAACUUUGAAAUGUGAUGUAUGCAAUAAACUGUUCUCCAGUUCUGGUGGCCUCGUAGUCCACUCUAGAAUGCAUACUGGUGAUCGCCCUUUCAAGUGUGAAGUAUGCUUCAAAGCUUUUACUAGUUCCAGUCACUUCAAGUAUCACCAAAAAUCACACGUGGUUUCAAAUGAAAAAAAAACAUUAAAGUGUGACGUUUGCGACAAAUUGUUUUCCAGUACAGGUGGGCUAGUAGUUCAUUAUCGAACGCAUACUGGCCACAGACCAUUCAAAUGUGACAUUUGCUUCAAAUCUUUUACCAGCUCCAGUCAUUUUAAAUACCACCAAAAAACUCACAUGUAUAAUACUCUAAUAUAGAUUUUAUGUUAAACUUAUGAUUUUUAAAUACUAACAUUUUAGGUUAGUAAACAUUAUUAGUUAUAUAUCUGACAUUUCUGCCCAAUACUGUAAAUAUAAUGUAAGUGAAUAUUUA